AGGCAUUGUGCCAUUGCUCCCCCUGCAACUAUGGCGGGUCGUCCCUGUCGUUCCUGUACUGCAUAUCGUCGGGGGUGCUCCAGGGCUGCCCCUUCAACGGCUCCCUGUACAUCGUGGCUUCCAACGCCUGCGUUCUUGACAUCGAUCGGAGCCUCCUCCUCCAAGGGAAGAUGUUGGGCAUUUCUCGGUUCUGUGCUGAUGAUCUUGGGUCAGUGGUGUAUCAUCCCCGCGCCUUCCCGAGACUUUCCCGCAUCUUUCGGCUCGCUGGUAAGUUUGCCAACCUACGACUCAAACACAGGAAAUGCAUCGUGGUCCCUCUGUGCGACCGUGGCAACGCCGUGGCCAUGAGUCGCUUGCGCGCCGCGCUUUUGGCGGCUGACGCCAGUUGGGCCGACUUCACCUUCGCCCCAUCGGUGACGCACCUGGGCUUCCAGGUCGGUCCAGGCGCUUCGCACGCAGAUCAGUGGCGCCCCCCCCCCUGGCGAAACACGUGCUCCGCACGACGGAGAUCAGCCGGCAGGGCGCGCCGCUCGGGGUGGCGGGGGAGCUCUAUCGGACGCGCGCCCUUCCAGUCCUCCCCUACGGGGCCCAGCUGGCGCCGCUGGGUUGACAGGAGGCCCAGGGCCAGCGCGCGAUCAUCGCUCGCCUCCUGCGCAUGUCCGACUGCUUCGCGCUGGCGGGCUGGAGCGGUCCGAGGUUCGACUCUAUGUAUGCUAUGGCUGCCGCGGCGCUGAUUCGCUCCGCGCUGACGACGUGCUCCGCCUUGCGGGAGGGCCUCCGCUUCCUGCGCGCGCAGGCCCGGUACGUCGGCACGAUGGAUCUGUGGUGCUCCCCGCUGCUAGCGCCCCCCUUCUGGGCCGCUCCACCAUUCGCGGUGGCGCUGGAGUCGGCGGCUGCUGGGUUUCCCUGUGAUUGUCAUCUGGCUGCGGGCGGGGCCGCCGCACGAGAGCUGUUCGAUUGCGACGCCUGCGAGCCCGCGCCCGCGCUCCUGGACAUCUUCGGGACCACGCCGCUGUCUACCAGCCUUGCACGGGCUGUGGAUCGUGCUCGACGCGUUGCUGCUGACCAUCGGGUCCCAGGGCGCAUCAAGUGGCAGUCCAUCUUCCGUGCCAUCUUUAUCCAAACUAUCUUCCCUGAGCGCAUCGGCGAGCUGAUCGACCGCCGACUCCGCCGACACUUCCAGCUCGAACUUCACGAUCAGGGUGCUCUUCGUCGGUGUAUUCUGCGUGCCCCUCGGGCGCGGGCGACGAUAGCGCUCAAAACGUACCUGGGCGGAUGGAUCGGUAACCAUCGGUUGCAGCGAAGGGCCCCAUGUAUAUACGGCUGCCCCCACGGUCGGGAUGCGAUCGGGCACAUAUUGAGGUGCCCCAGGAACAUGCACUUCGCCGCGCUGGCUCUGCGCAUGGACUUGCCAGGCCUGCCCGCCUUUCGCCUCGGCAUGAUGUCCAGGCUGUUGCCACCUUUCGUCAGGCGGCCGAGCUUGUCGAGGCCACUCGUCUUGCGGUUCGCCUCCCGCUCCAACCACGCCAACGACAGCUGCUCCUCCGCUCUGUCCUCUUCGAGACGGUCCGACUGGCUCGAGCUGCUCGUGACCUUCUCCCGCCCCCCCCCUCGGAGUCGGAGAAUGACAUGGCUGGGAUGCAGGGGGCCGGCCCGACUUCAGGUGUUCGAGGAGACAUGGCGGAGGGGACUGGCCCGAGCCCUACUUCCUCGUCUUCUAGAGGGCUACUCCUUCAUCCUCUCAGAUUUGCUCCUCGUCGUCGUUGCGGGUCUCGUCUUCUUCGUGGGGUGUGCCUCGGAUGUGCGCUGAAAACAGUGAGCCGGCCCCUGCCAUCGCUUCUGUCCCAUCCUUGUCUCGCUCUCCUCCUCUGUCGCAAGCUUCAUCCGCCGAGCUCUUCUCCUCCCUCCCGAAUACGGAUUUUCCCUGCGCCUCGGGAUUGAUCGGUGAGCCCUCCCCCCUUCGUCCUCGGCAGUUUGAGCCUCCCAGUCCUCUCUCUGUGGGCCACCGUAAUCCUGGGCCUGUCUGUGUGGCUCUCGGGGUCCCGCCUUCCGCGUCCUCCUGGCCUGCUGAGCCUCCUCGUCCUGCUCUUGUGGGCACCCCCGAGGGCACCUCUGAGCAGUGAUUUCUCUAGCUUAGCGAUCUUUCAGUUUGUGGAUUACGACAUGCCGCGAUCCACGGGGUCUGCACAAGGAAGGCCAGGCUCCACCGCCCCCGUUGCGUAGAGUGGCCUGGUGGACAGACUCGUCCCCCCUGGUUGCGCUCUGCCUCCUCCUCCUCCUCUUCUUCCUCCUCCUCCCCUUCCUCCUCCUCCCCCCCCACCUUCACAUUCGGCCCAAGGUUUUUCCGGGCCCUCCCAGGACAUUCGGACCGCAGGCUGCUCAAGGCCCCCCCGCGCAGGGCACAGCCAUGGCAUCCGAGGCGCCGAGCGUUGCCCAGGCGGCCGCCGACUUCAUCAAGAAGCGGGCGCCCGGCUUCACGCCGCGGCUGGGCGUCAUACUCGGCAGUGGCAUGGGCGGUGUCGGCGCGGCAGUCGAAGAGCCGGUCGCCAUUCCGUACUCCGAGAUCCCCGACUUUCCAGUCAGCAGCGUCUCGGGCCAUGCCGGGAAGCUCCUGCUCGGUAAGCUCGGUGGCAUGAGCGUCGCCUGCUUGCAGGGAAGGGUGCACCUCUACGAGGGGAUGGAUCCCGCCACGGUGAGGGUCUACAUCUACACCCUGAAGCUCAUUGGCUGCGAGGCCCUCUUCCUGACCUCCGCCGUUGGCUCCCUGGUCGUCGAGAACGGUCCUGGCACGAUCGUCUGCAUCAGCGACCACAUCAACAUGCAGGGGCGCCAUCCGCUCAUUGGCAAGAACGACCCGAUCGGAACACGCUUCCCCGACAUGAAAGAUGCCUAUGACCCAGAGCUGCGGGCGAUGUUGGGCGAGUGUGCUAAGCAGCAUGGUAUCCGCAUGCCCGAGGGUGUAUAUCUUGCUCUCACUGGGCCGUCUUUCGAGACGCCGGCAGAGAUUCGAGCGCUGAAGACACUUGGCGCAGACCUUGUAGGCAUGUCAGUGGUUCCCGAGGUGAUUUGCGCUCGGCACUGUGGCCUACGUGUGGUGGGCGUGGGGAUCUGCGUCAACUUAGCCAGUGGACUUGGAGCUGGCACGAUAACGCACGAGGACACUCUUCACUUCACAUCCAAGGCAGCAGAUAGCAUGAAGUUGCUCAUGACAUCGUUUAUCGAAAAGUUCGGACAGCGCGGUCAAAAGAGGAAGGCUGAGGCGCUGGACUCUCCUCCUCCUUCAGACCAGGUGCUGGCGGAGCAUGCAACGGGGCUCAUCGAUCACACCAGCUUGGGGCUCGAUGACACCGGCGACGGCAUUCGCUCACUCGUCGACGCUGCCGUCGCGAAGCCGCCCCACACUGGGGCCCACACGGCGGCGGUGUGCAUCUACCCCAAGUUUGUUAGGCUGGUGCGCACCAUGCAGAAAGAGUGCCCCUUCCUAUACCCUCGCAGCCUGCGCGUCUGCACGGUGGUCAACUUCCCCAGCGGCCAGGAGCCCAUCGAGAAGGUCCUCGAGGAUACGGCCCGGGCCGUCGCGGACGGUGCCGACGAGGUGGACCUGGUCAUCGACUACAAGCUCCUGAAGGAGAACUACGCCAAGGGCCGGGAGGCGGCAGAGCUGUUGGUGCGGUCCGUCCGCGCCAACUGCCCGGAGGGGCAGGUGCUCCUGAAGGUCAUCAUCGAGAGCGGCGAGCUCGGCGAGGCCGAACUGAUCAAGCGGGCCUGCGAGGCGGCCAUCGCUGGCGGCUGUGACUUCGUGAAGACCUCCACGGGCAAGGUGAAGGUGAACGCGACGCCAGAGGCGGCCAAGAUCAUGCUCGGCGCGAUCGCUGCCAACGAGAGGACAAGGGGGCAUGGCACUGGCAGGGUCGUUGGGUUCAAGGCGGCCGGUGGCGUGCGAGACGUGGCCCAGGCUCGGGUCUACCUUGAGCUCGCAGCCGAGAUUCUCCUGGGCGACCGCAAGCGCGUUCUCGAAGUGGACUCGCGGCGGCUGCGCUUCGGGGCGUCGUCUCUGCUCCCGAGCCUUCGAAAAUGUGCAGCUGGCGCUGCAGAGGCGGCGCCGAGUGCAGCUGGCUACUGAGUUCGGGGCCUCACCGCUCGGCCACGGCCGCUGCGCUUCGGUACGCAGAGGGUGAGGAGGAGGUGGAGGAGGAGCAGAAGGUG